AUGCUGGGAAGUGCGGUUUUAAUCGGGGUCGUCUGGGCUGCUUCUCAAAUCUUGCCCAAACGUCACGAUCCUUGGUAUUACUUUUUCAUUCUAUGCUCAUGGACUUGCAUGGUGGAUUUGGCAUUAUUACUGGAAACUAUUGGACUAGCUGAUGACCGAUUCGAGUUAUGGCUAAAAAUAGCUGAGCCAUAUUUGGAUACGACCUGGGGUGCGUCGGUUAAUUUGAUCGAUGCCACGGUGCACUAUGUGCUUUAUAUGGUUAUGAUCAAAAGACAAUUGGAAGGAAAAAGCUAUGACAAAUUGGGGCUAUUUUGGGCAGGUAGUAUUUUGAAUAGUAUGUCCGUACUCUUGGGUUCGGCUUACCUUGGACAUGCUGAUGGAACCCACGAGAUCAAAGCAGGAAUUUCCCUCAACAUCCCUUAUUUAAUACUCCCGACGCUAUUCUUUUUACAACAAUUAUUCGUCGUCCCGGAAGCCACUGAAGCGGCGCCUAGACAAACCCCAAUAACAGCUCGUCUGCUGCCAUCAGCCUUCCUCUUUAUCGGCGGGCUCGUAAAUUUGACAGCUGCCCCGUUGUUGGCACUGAAUCUCGAGUGCUCGAACGUUUUUACAAAGGCCCAGUAUUACGCCGGAUUUGCGUUUACGAUUCUGUUGAUAAAUCUACAGUUAGAAGGAAGCGCUCAGAGAGGAAAGAAGAUGGCCUAUUUCACGUUCGGGCAGGCGGGACAUGCGCUUCUCUCAACUUUUCUACAUUGCGGAGUAUUA